UGUGUGUAUAUAUAAACUUGCAUGCGUGAGGAGCACACAUCUUAUCUCUUUUACCGUUAUUCCUGUCUACCAUCACUGGACACACCACCUUGUAAGGAGAAAAGAGGACUACACGUUGGGGCCAUAGCAUGCCACUUUCCCAGAAUGCUUUGGGACUUUGUUAAAUUACACCCAGAGAGACAGCAGAGAGCUCAGUGUCAGUGUGUGUGCAGUGGAAAAAGGGAUUACUGACUUCUGAAGAGUAUCUGGGCUGAUUCUAAAGAACAGAGCCACCAGCAUUGUCUUGGUGUGUUGUCAACAAUUUAGUAGUAAAAUAAUCUCACUGAGUGAGUUGUAGUUUCAGUGUGUGUGUGUGUGUGUGUGUAUGUGUGUUUUAGACACCAAUUCUCACCAUGGCUCUGACCAGCUCUUCAUCCAGCCGUUCCUCCUCUUCCUCGUUCCGCUCGUCAGCCUGCUACAGCAGUUCCAGCACCUACCGGUCAGAGGGGUCUGGUGGUGGGGCGGCGGUCCCCCUGUUUGAGCCUUUCCUGGAGGCAGCAGGGGUGGGACCCCAAAGCCUGUUUAAAGAGGAGGGGGAUGUGGCCCCCCUGUGUCUGGCCCCCUUCAGCCGACACUGCAAAGACUCUUACGGGCAUCCAGGCCCAACAAGUGGCACUGUGACAGGUCGUCCUGCCAGUAUGGGCGUGGUCAGAUCGUUGGGGGAUAGUUACUACAUGUCAGCUGACGUCAGUCAGUUUGAACCUCAUGACAUAGUGUUGAUGGCCUACAACCACAACAUAGUCAUCCACGCUGAAAAGGUGUUGGAGGAUGGGAGUGUCAGUGAUACGUUUACCCAUAAUUCCCUGCUACCGGAGGACAUGGACCCCCUGUCGGUCAGUGGCACACUGACCCCUGAGGGCAUGCUGGUGGUCAGUGUCAUGAGGAUCCCCACUAUGGGGGUGAUGGAGCCCCCUACACCCCCCGCAUACCGCUCUGAGGCACACCUUGGACCUCCACACCUCUGACUGACUUCAGAUGGUUUUCUAUUUUCACCCUCCAGUUUUAUACAUAGAAGAGAUGUGAUGUACUGAAACACUAUCGUUAAAAAAUGAUUUGAUUUCAGUUGAUUUAUUUUUGUUUAUGGGUUAAUGUUGAUUGUUGAUUUAAUAAAUGAAUCAUCUUCAAAGAAAAUGCAUCAUUAACGUUGUACCAUAUUAAAGUAACAUGGGGUUUGGUUUAUUACAUACACAGCGCAUCCUAGUCAAAGAAAAGUUCAGACCAGGUUACAGAUAGACCCCCCCCCCCCCCCAAACUGAACACACUGGGUAGACCUGAGAUAGAGCUCUGUUCAUGAAUAAGGGACUAGCUAUUUCUUGCAUAUUUCCUGACAAUGAAUACUUGUCCAGAGCCAUAGAGCCAGUAGUAUCUUGGAUGAUAAUUGGUCUGACAAGUUUUAAGAGAAGCAAAAAGAAAUCCCAUGCUUGUCAUCUCUCCUCUCCAUCUCCUAGCCUCUCGCUCACACAGUAUCAGUCGUAAGUCAGAGUUUAGUUUGCUCAGGGAAACUUUCUUCAUAGAGCCCUCUGCACUUUUUUUUUUUAGCAGCAAUUACAUCAAUCUGCCUGUCUGACUAUGAGUCACAGUUAAAAUAGUCCCCCCUUGUAUCCUCCUUACUCUCUGCCAAUCUGAGGAGACGGACUUUUACUGUGACACCUUCAUUUAUUAUUAAUCAAUAUGAAGUCCACAUCGCCUGGGACAGGAGAUGAAACUGAAAGUGGUUGUAUUGAGCAUGUGUAAAACUGUUCCAAGGCCUAGCACCACCAUCAAAAACUAGCACCGGCACCAGCACCACAAUACAAAUUACUUGUAUGCCAAUAAACUACAGAAGAUGGGUAAAAAAUUG